AUUUUCCAACCAUAUGUUGUUCUUCCCGUGUCUCCGUGUCACGAGGCGGUGCUAAUAAUUUCGAUUUGACAUUAGACACAGGAAAGCCGAUCAUUGAAGAAAAAUCUGCCUGCUGAUCAACUCAAGAUUUGCGUCAACGGAUCCCUCGCCGAUCCAAUCCAGGCCCGGACUCCGUCAGCCCUCGCGCGCCGGCGGAGGUGAUGGCGCACCCGAUGUACGGCUCCGGCCCGCUCCGAUCCAGGAACGCGGCGAGCUCGGACGAGAUCCAGCUGCGGAUCGACCCGGUGCACGGGGACCUCGACGAGGAGAUCGACGGGCUGCACUCCAGGGUCCGCAUGCUCAAAGGGGUGGCCCAGGAGAUAAAUUCUGAAGCCAAAUUCCAGAAUGAUUUCCUUAACCAAUUGCAAAUGACCCUUGCAAAAGCUCAGGCAGGAGUGAAGAAUAACAUGCGAAGGCUGAACAAGAGCAUCAUCCAGCAGGGUUCAAAUCAUGUUCUCCAUGUCGUCCUCUUCGCUCUGUUUUGCUUCUUGGUUGUCUAUCUCCUGUCAAAGUUCUCCAGAAGAUAGUUUCAUUGUCAGGUGGCGUCAAAUCUAGGAUACCAUGAGUUGUAUGUAGUCUAAAGAAAAGAAUAUGCUAUCUGUUGGACUUUGUUUCAGAACAAACCAGAAAAAAAGGAGGGAAAUUAUUACUCUUAUAAGAUAACUGCUAACCUCAUCGGCUGAUCUGUAUGACUGAGAAACUGUUGCAUUUGCAAGUUGCAUUCAGUGGUA